UAAAGGUAAAAUAUUGUUAUACUGCUUUAGCUUGAACAGAAACUGCUCUAAAAAUCAUAUUUUCAUUGGUGGCAUUUUAAGCAAAUCACCGCUUAAGAACUCUUUAGUUGCUGAAAACAAAUAUACAAUAGCAGACAGUUAUUUCUCAACAUUAUAAUGUUUAUAAUUAAAUGUCAGAAGCAAUGAUCGGGUCGGUCACAAUGUCUACCGACAGCGACGAAGGUCAAACAUUGCAGGACAAUGUAAGUUUGGUUAAUACUGAUGAAGAAGAUCCUCCACCACAAUAUGACACAUUGAGUUUUCAGUUUUGUGAAGAAACUGAGCGAAGCCUUGAUGAUGUUUUAACUGAUAUCAAAUUUGGUAGAUUUCAUAUUUUGAUUAUAUUGCUUGGUGGAACCGCUUAUUUUGCAGUUUGCAGUGAACUCAUGGUUUUUGUAUUUCUUAAUGAACCAAUUAAGAAAGAAUGGCAUUUAAGCGAUAUGGUAUUUCCAUGGCUCCCCUUCUGCAAUGGACUUGCAUCGAUGUUUGGAGAAUAUCUUUUUGGAAUCCUCAGUGACAGGCAUGGCCGCCAGUUUACAUUUGUACUUACAGUAUCCAUAUGUUGCAUAUUUGCAAUCGGAUCUACUUUUGCGACUAACUUUCCUAUUCUAGUUGUGUUUAGAUCAUUUGUCUCUUUUGGAAAAGGCGGUUUAGCAGCACUCGCUUUUGUUCUUCCUAUAGAGUUUUUACCUCGACAGAAACGCAGUUACCUUAUUAUCAUCACAAUGUGUGGUACAUUAGGAACUGCUUUUACAGGGGCAAUGGCUUGGCUUUUGAUCCCGACGCAUGGCUGGAGAUAUUUUGUUGUCGCUUGUGCUACUCCUUUUUUGAUCACUCUUAUCUUCCGCCUUUUCGCAAGAUAUGAAUCACCAAGGUUUCUAAUGAUUAGUGGAGAAAAGGAACAAGCAUGGAUGGUUGUUACCAAAAUUGCACAAAUAAAUAAAACUCCAGUUCCUGCAGGCAAACUCUCUGGGAUUCCAAGUCACAGUAGAGGACAAAUUAAAGAUCUUUUUACAAGGGAAUUUCGUUAUCGCACUCUGACAAUUUCCUUGGUAUGGCUAUUCCAGGCAACUGGAUAUUGGGGUGUCACUACUUAUCUUCCACAAUAUAUGUCUGAUAAACUGAACCUUGGUGGAUAUUUCAUUAUUUUCAUCAUUUUUAUCAGUGAACUUCCAGGUUUGUUUUUAGCACUGUUUUUUAUACGCAAAAACAUGCUUGGACGUAUCACAUCUGUUAUAUUAUUUAUUUGCAUGACCAUAGUUCUUUUAGCAGUCUUUGCAGUUUUGAGCACUUCCCAUCUUAUCUGGGCACAAACCUUAACUAUCAUGACCUGCUUUGCUUUUAUGGCUCCAAUAUACUCAAUUCUGAAUACUUUUACUCCAGAAAUUUAUCCCACAGCAAUUCGUAGUACUGCACUUGGGUGGGUGUACAUGGUAUCAAAUAUUCCUGGUCUCAUCACUCCAUUUAUUGAUGCAACUCUGCUUGAUAGUCCAGUUGUAUGGCUCUAUCCUGUUGUUUGGCUGAUGUUCUUUGUCCUCGAAUUUGUUGUAAUGCUCAGCAUCAGAACUGAGACAGCUGGAAAGCGACUAAGUGAUAAUCUACAGAGUACGCCAAUCUGUGAAAAUAUUCCUAGCUUUGUUCCUGACCACAUUCCUGAAUGUACUGCACCAAUAUAUGCCAGUGAACCUCCUUUCAGAUAUCGUCAAGAUGGUUAUCUCUAGUAACACAUUUGUAUUCAAAGUGGUUACAUCAAUGUCUUACAAACUGAAGUAGAAAAUCUAUCUUUUCUCAAAAACAUCUUCAAAACAAAUACUUACAUUUCAUAAACACCCAUUUUAAGCACAAUUUGAUGUUUCAUAUAUUUGUAGAGAUUAUAAACAUAAUGGCAAUGGCUGAGCCAACAAAACUGAAUAUGAGUGUCAAUAAUUAAGUUAAUCCUUGGACAUCAACUUUGUUUCUCAACCUGCUGUGGUCAUUAAAAUAAAUACCAAUAAUAUAUUUGGUUCAAUUUAAUCAACUGUAUUUUCUCUCCUUUCAAAAUUGGCACUUACCAUAUUUAGGUUUUAAGAAUUAGUUUGUUAAUGAGUUUCUUGAAUUAUAUUCAAAUGACUAAUAGUCUAUUGGUUUUUUUAAAUGCUUAUCUUUCUAUUAAUGUCUAAACACAACCAUUUGUACUUACUCUUACAGUUACUUAAGAAUAGGACUAAAAAGCGGUGAGAAAAAGAAGACGUCAUAUAGAAUCCAGCUGUCAUUACAUUAUACCCUUAAUAAUAUUGUAACAAUAAGAGAAUAUUGUAAAAAAUAGGCUUAAUAAUCACUUUAUGUAUUUAAGUAAGUCAAUAUAUGAUUAGGUAUUCAAUGAAAAAUCUAAAAGAAAAAUUAUUGCAUGUAAUAUUAAAAAAAAACUAUAUAAACUGUGGUAGGUAAAUAAGCUUAAUAGAAGUCAACAGUUAUGCAUCUGGACCUCCAUGAGGACACACAUAUAUAUAUGUAUGUAUAUCAGCAUGGCCAAAGCUCUGAGCUGAAACUACAAAAAAAAAAAAUUUACUGUCUAUUUUCCCAUGCUUCAUUGAGGUAGAAUUUUCUAUAGUUAAAAGCCUUUCUCAUCACCAACCUCAAGUUUCCAAGCAAUAUAAUAAAAUUACCUAUCUAUCAAACAACAAACCACCAGGAUAUUCUUUUGCAGAGUAAUGAAAACAAAUGCCAAUGUUUGUAUACUUUGUUUUACACUCAAUGCAUACAUCAAGUCUAGGGUAAUAUGCACAAGAUAUUGAUCAACCCACAACUGUAGUGGGAAACACUACAUGACACUGUCUGUGCUGUGGGAGCAAAUUCUAAACCAUGCGAAUGUGAUUCUAAAGUGAACUUCUUAACCAUAUAUCUAUGCCUGUGUCUCUAUGUAUAGAGACACUAUGUGUGUGUGCGUACACACUCAUACAUGUGAGAAUGUGCAUCAGAGCAUCAAAUGGUUGGGAGUUUUGGAUUUAAGACAAAAAAAAAUCCUUUUCACAGAAGAUAUAGAAAAUGAAUGCAGAAAACCUACAAUGAUUUGGAAAGAAUAAACUGGGUGCUAUUUUCUGUGCAAGACAAUAGAAAUGAGAUGAGAAAAUCAUUCAAUACUAAAGCUGUAUACAAGAAAUAAACAUAUUUAUAUGAUAUAAGAAAAAGGAGGGUUUUGUUAGUGGUUAAUUAUAUUAGAUGUUAUGAUAGUCUAAGUGAAAUUAGACUUUAGGAAACUUAGUUGCAGAUAAAUGACACAAGAUAGGAACAGAUGAAUAUUAAGAUUAUUUAUAUGUGUUUAAACAAUUAUUAGAAAGUUAAUUAUAUAUGAUUAAUAUACGAUUUAGUGUGUAUAAUAUAACAAAUGUGUAGUUCUAGUAAAGUCAUUUAAAUAAGAAAAGCAAUGCAUAUUUUUUAAAAAAUUAAAGCAGUGUCUGUUUGGCUCCUUGUGAGAGGGAACUAGUCAAUUACAUCAACCCUAGUGCUUAACUGGUCCCUUAUUUUAUCGACUUCAAAAGGAUGAAAGGCAAAGUCAGUCUUGGUGGAAUUUUAACUCAGAACAUAAAGACUUGGAAGAAAAGUCUACACACACCUUAGGAACACAGGUGCACCUAAUAAUGCAAUAGAAACUUGCAUGACACUAUUGGAAACAUAAUAAUGAUGAUUGUUUAUCAUCAAUAUGAACAAUACUAAUAAAACUCUCUAUGUUAUAACUAUUGGAAAUGUCUUAUUGAGUUAUUGCUUUGGCUAACUCAGACAUACCAAAACAUUUAAGUAUACUAAAGUGAUGAUAAAUGGAUCGAGCCUAACCUCCAAGGCAGGUUUCAUUCUUGAUUGACCAAUUUCAAUCAAAUUAUUAUUUUUUUUUUUUUCUUCUGUAUCUGUGAUUUCUAGUAUUCAAUAGUCUAAAGUGGAUGAGCUCCAUAAUAGUGACUUGCUCUUUACACAUUUCAAGAAAAUGAAGCCUUCAUUGGUGACCCAACAAUACAUUAAAGAUUACAGAACAUUUUCAUUUCACUCACUCUCAUACACACACAUUCCUAAUUCACCAUACAACAUUUAAAGUGGCCAUUUUGAAAAAUCUGUGUGCACUGAGGAUUUAACUUAUUGAACAUAUCUUAUUUAAAUCGUAAAUUAAUUUGAAAUGAAUCAUUAUGAAACAAUAUGAUAUUGUAAACCAUUUCGAGUUUCUGUAUAAUUUUUGGCCAUUUUUUUUUAACAAUCACGAUUGGUGUAUAUUAAUCAAAUUCUAAGUAAAUAUAUAUAGACUAUAGAUGUACAAAUUAAUCGUGCUAGCAUAUGCAUGUGUGUUUGUGAAUACAUGUUUAAAUAGUUCAGAGUUUAUACUCACUAAAAUAUAAUUGAUUUUAUAUUUUUUUGAUUAUGCAUAAAUACCCUCUGUGCAUAUGUGUGUGUGCAUGCAUGAUUGAAAGUUGAUGUAUUUGUAUUAAGAAUGAUCAAAGAUGUAUUUGCUAAUUGCCAUGCAGUUUUCAUAUAUAUUCCUUGCAUACUUUUCACUGAUUUUUUUUUUUUAGAUCUUCAAAAUGUUUUCCCUUUUCAAAGAAUUUUUGUUUGCCAAAAUUUUGUUAAACGUUUUCUUUUUAUCAAUUGUUAUUGUACACAACUCAUGAACCAAUAUUUAUUUCUUUAUCAAAAUGCAGCUAGACUACACAAUGGUUGAAAAUCUGUACAAUAACAUGUAUGUACAUGCGUGUGUGCACAUCAUCAUAUAUAUGUGUGUGUGUGUGUGUAUGCAUGUGUUGUGUGUGUAUGUAUAUGUGUAUACAUAUGUGUGUAUAUAUAUAUGUAUAUGUAUGCAUAUUAGUAUAUGUGUACAUGUAUGUGUAUGUAUAUAUGUGUAUAUGUAUAUAUAUAUAUAUAUAUAUAUAUAAAUAUAAAUAUAAAUUAUCCCAUGUUAUAGAUAUCAUCAUCACUAUUUUACAUCUUCCAUACCAGUAUAAGCUGUUCAGUUCAGCAGGAGCUGAGCAAGAUGCAGUCCUCUGGCUCAUUGGAUCCUGUCAAUCUAUUUAACUAUCUAACUCUAGCUUUAUUUGAAUUUUGUUUUGAAACUUUUGAUUCAGUGAAAAAUACACUUUGCCAGUCAUUAUGAUGCAAUAUUAAUGAGUCUCAUCAAAUAAAACAUACACUUUGAUUACAUUCCUACUUAUUGAAAUACAACUAUCUCAUUUUGUAUUUGAGAAAAUCCUUUUUAUUUUGUUGCUCACAUAUUUUCAUUGUGGAAAAUAUGAACUAUCACACAUAAAUAAGCUAAUGUGACUCUGUACAUAUGUGAAUACAAUAAUCCCUCGACUAUUGUGGGUGUUACGUUCCAAAACCUCUCACAGAAAUAAUUAAAAUCUAAAAAAAUGCAAAUACUUAUCGGCUGCAGAAACCUGGAUAUAUUGAGGAGGCCGUAAAUAUGAAUUUACAUAUAUUAGCCAGAAAAUUCUGCAAUGUUCUGAGUACACAAUAGGUGACCGCGAUAUGGCAAGGGAUUACUGUAUACAGAAACACAUAUAUAUCAACACAUUUGUAUGUAUAUUUAAUGUCAAAUUCUGUCAUGUACCCAUUAAGUUAAAUAAUUCUUGCAAAUUUAUGUAUGUAUAUAUUUAUUUGUGUGUGUAUUUAUAUGUAUUAUGUAUAUAUAUAUAUUUAUGUACAUAUAUACAUUAUAUGUGUGUGUGUAUAUAUAUAUAUAUAUAUAUAUAUAUAUAUAUAUAUAUUAUGUAUAUGUGUAUAUAUGUAUUUACAGAUGCAAGUUUAAAACAAAAUGAAAUAUGAUUCACUGAAAUAUUUUGUUUCAUUAAAAGUUUGAUAUGACAAAGAAUUACUUAGUCUUGAAAACAGUUGAUAACAAAAUCAUGUUAAAUUGCAUUUUAAUAUUUGAAGUUGAUAUUUUUUGUUAAUUAUGUCAUUUAGAUUUUUGAAUCUCAUUACCUCAAUAGAAAUAGCCUGUAAGAAUAACAUCGUUAAAAUUUAUAUACAAAUUUACUAACUUAGCUUGAUGUCUUGUCAAACUAGUCAAAUGAAUGAAAGACUGAAUACAAUAUAGCAUGUGAUGUAAGUAGUGGGAUGAUUAAUGAUUAAUGUUUGGGAUGAUUAAUGCUUGUCCUGUAAGUCCAUAUGCUUCUACGUGAAACACUCAAAUUUAUUUUAAAUCUUUUCCUUCUGGAAAAUUGGUAGCAAGCUUCCAAUAAAAUUGUCAGCAAUUGACAGCUUCUUCAAUUGCUUGCAAUUUUUCAAAGAUUAUCUGAGUGUCUGACCAAAGAAUCCUCAUUGGAUAUUAUUUAUAAAACUUCACUUUUUGAGCACUUUUGAAAAUAUUAAUUCUUAUCUUAUUAAUUGUACGUAUAGAAUCAGUCUAUCAAAGCUCUCUUUCAGUAUUGAUAUAGUUUACCACUUGAGCUCUUACAUUUGUUACCUAUGUAAAGAAAUGAUGACAUGAAAACUAAAAACAGAAAAAUUAUUUCCUGGUUUGAAAAUUUCAAAAAUUUAAUUUUUACUGAGACUGUCUUUUAUUGUCAUCUCUUAGAUUCCUUAUUCAUUUACCGAAGAUUCAUUCCAUACAUAUGGUCAGAAAGAUUAGAGUUGGAGUGAUAUAAAAGGCACAUGUAUUGUUAAUUGUUGUCAUUCCUGCAUUUUCUUUUCAUCUGAACUUUUUCUCAUAAAAAUUACCACCACCACUAUUUACAAUCUUAUUUAAAAUAUAGAAGCUAGGAUGAAUUUAUAAAGAAGUAUUUGUUAGUUGUCUUAUAUAUAAAAUUACAUGUGAUUUAUAAUUAUACUGAUCAGUAAUUCCCUAUUCCAAGAGGAAGAGAAAAAUAGUCUGCAAGUUGCUGCUAGUAAUAAAAAUUUAUAGGGCACAGUUAUUGUUUAUUUGCUAGUGUAAUAUUAAGUCAGAAUAUAGCUUACUUGGGUUAUAAGUAAGAUGAGCUUGAGAAGAGAAAGGUAUUCAUUUUCUCAUGUAGGUUAAGAUUGAAACGGUUUUAGAGCAUUGAUUGAAAGAAAUCAACCAUGUGAAAAGGAGCUGAUGUACUGGAUACAUUUGCAAAUCAUUUUGAAAUGAAUUUUUGAAACAUUGAAUUGUUGACAAGAACUUUUUGUCUGAAUGGGCGUAAAAAUUUUUCUUAGUUUUUCUUCGUGUUUUGUGGAGCAGUGUAGAAGUGAUUGGUUAUCAGAUUGAUAUAGUGAUUGAGUCAUUUAUCUGUCUGUUAUAAAUUCUAAUAUUUUUGGCUUCUUGAGUGACAUGAUUUUAGAAAUAAGUUCAACAAGGUAUAAAAUCUUAUUUAUUUAAUUAUUGCAUAUAAAAUAAUAUGCAUUUGCUCAUUUUUUAAAUUUUUGCAUUGGUAGCUGGCAGAUCCAUUUCAAAAAUUUUGUAAUCUUACUCAUGAGGUUUGAGACUAUUUGUUGAAGCAGGAUCAUGAAUAUUAAAGAGAACUGGAUCUUGUUCCAGUAUAUAAUCAUCACUUGCUUCAUUUACAAUGAUAAUUUAAGUGCUAUUCUUUUGCAUAGUAAGUUAACCCUUGUUAGGAUACUUAUACAUAUGUAUACAUGCAUAUAUAUAUUAUUUACAUCAUCAUAUAUUUUAUAUGUGGAUAUUUGCAUAUAUAUAUGCAAAUAUCCACAUAUAAAGUUCUGAUAUAGGUAGGAUUAGUAAAGUUAUAUCAUAGAGAAUUCUACCCCACCUUCAUUCUAUGAUUACACUAAACCUCUAGACUAACACCAUUGAAGUCAUCCAGUGGUUUAAAUCCUUAAGCCCCAAUGGUAAAUACAAAUUCAUUCAAGUAGAUAUAGACCAAUACUAUUCCAGUGUAUCUCCUAUCCUACUUGAAGCCCUCAUAUUUGCACUAAAAUAUUCUGCCCCAACUAGAGAUGAUAUCGAUAUUAUCCUGGCAGUCCAUCAAACUAUUAUAAAAUGCAAUGGAAAACUUUGGGCCAGCAAAGAUACCUCUAACUACUUCAAUAUCCCAAUGGGGGCAAGCAAUUCAGCCCAAGUUACUGACCUCAUGGAUUGUUGCCUGCUCCAUUGUCUCCAGGACCAAUUCCCUAAAUAUUUCUGGCAGUCUAUAUAGGGAUGACUCUGUUUGCAAUCCUGAACUCUAGUAACUGUAAAGUAGAACAACUUAGGAAAAGAAUCAGAUAUUUCUUUAAAAACGUGGGCAUUAGUAUCUUUUUCAGUUCAGAUAUUAAAACUGCUUAUUUCCUAUCUACCAUAAACUCGGGGAGAACCUUGUGUUAACUUUUCCUCAAAUCACCCCCUCCCAUUUUCCUAAAAUCCAUUGUGGACAGUGUGUUUUAUAGGAUCUCAUCCCUAGCCAAAGAGAUAUUUGAGCAAUAUACUGAAUAUUACAACUGCUCCUUAAACUGCACCAGAUAUAAAAAAACCCAAUUAGAUACCUCCCUAUAUGGAGUGAUCCUUUGUCCCUUGAACCUGACACUGCAGAUACAUCUGCUCCUUUAGACAGAACCCAAGGUAACCUCUGUAUUUCACCCUCUCCUUAUUCCCCCGAAUUUUACUGUAGUAGCAAACCCAAUUGGCACUCUUCCUUCCCAUCCAGGGAUUCUGGAUCCCAAAUCUGCCAUUGCCCAUUAAAAUCCAUUCCAGCAUGCACCUCCCUACCCCAAGGUAUACUCAGGUAACCCCCUAGAAUGGGAUGAGCUACAUUUAUAUUUUCUUAACCCAGUGAUCUCCUUACAUCUUCCUCUCUGCACAUGUCAAUAUGCAGAUGUGCAUGUGUGCCUGCACACAAUAGGCACUCAGUGAACAUACACAUGCGCACAGAUAUGCAAAUAUAUAGUUUUACUGUUAAGUAGUAAGCCACUAAUUUAAUUCCAACUGCAUGUUCCCCUCAUGGCUAGAAACUUUAUCUUCCAUCUCCCUCUCUUUCUUUCCCCUUCUUUCUUCUCUCCUAGCAAAUUCACCUUACUCCCACUCCUAAAUAUUUAACCUCUUCUUUUCCUUUUCUUCUCAUUCUUGACCAUUUCACUUCUAAGAGCUCUUUUCUUUUCUUUUGAUUCUAUAUAAAUGUAUAUGCAUGGAUGCCACAAUAUAUUUAUUUACCAUUGACAAAGUAAAAUGACCCCAGCUUAACAUUCACAAUGUUCAGUCUAACCUAAAUUCCCCUUUUCUCCGUUUCUUCAUUCUUAAUAGCUUUAGACAAUUGCUCACUCCCAUAUUUUUGACCUCUUACUUCUUUUCUAUUACCAGCCAUUUUAUUUCUUCAUAUAUGUUUUUCUAUUUUGUCUUUUUUUUCUUUUACUCCAUUCUUCCAGUUUCACCAUUCCUUUUAAAUUAUAGCAGGUUAACUUAGGAUUCCUUAAUACCCUCCAUGUGAACAGCUGUUUCAUAUCUAUUCUGCUAGUAUUUUGAUGGCCUCAAAUAAUGCAAGACAUUGCAUGAGUAUUGAUCCUUGAAAUGGCAUAGUUAUACCAUAUUCAAUUGAUAAUGAAACGGCAGUUUCCAAAGAUUUACCUAAAACUUGUGUAUGCUACUGCCUAAAUAAUGCUCAGAAAACAUUUUAAUGUCUUAGAUAUUUCUCCUUUUAUAUUGUAUUUAGUCUUUAAGUGUGUGAAUAAACAAAUAUAUUGAGUUUGAUGUGUAUAUUUAUAGGUUUUAAGUUUGUUGGAGUUUUACUUUGCUUUUAUCUUAUGUGCAGAAGCCACAUACAUCAGUUUGAGGGAUGUAGAAUAGUGCCAAAAUGUUAAAAUGCAGAUGGUUGUUGUAUUGACAACUAUGUUUGUUAUUUAGAUAUUCAUUCACUUGUUAUUUAAAACACUCACACCUAAUUGAUUUAGUUGUUAUCACCAGAAAACUGGGAAACAUGUCUGUCCACAGCUGCUGCCUACUACCUUAUGUGCUCUCUCUCCAAAUAUUUUUCAGCAACUCAUCAAUAAUCUUUUCUUCCAUUUUUCUUUUUCUUUUUCACAUUACUCUAAAAUGUUGCUUUUAGAGUAAUAUCGCUUUUAAAAAGUUCUUUUGCAAUCUACAUAUGUUUAAAAUAUAUAAAUAAAUGGUUCUUUAUUUGGCAUUGCCUUUUAUUCAUUACGAAUUAAAGUACUCAAAUAAUGAUAAUAAUAAUGAUAAUGAUAAUUGGCUCAUCAUAUUCUGUGAUAUUGCAAAAGGUGAAAGAGUUAGAGCAAUUUUGACUUAGCACGAACUUAAUAUUGUUUUUAUAGUAACAUAAUGAUAAAUAAAAUCAAUAUUAAUAAUGAUACUAAAAUCUGACACACAUAUGGUGUCUUAUACAGAAGGGAGGAAACAUGGAGUUGCCACAUAUAUAUAGUUUUCCUAAGAACAUUAGUAAUUUGUAUAUAAUGAUUCCACGUGGUGAUCAAAACUGGGCUGUGAACUUGUUUACUGAAAAGUUACCACCUCACAAUAAUACAAACAAUGAUUACAGAAACUGUAUCAGUUAUAAUAACAAUGAUAAAAGUCACAAUGAUGGUAUUGAAUAUUUUUACAAAGAUCUUUGUACUUUAACUUGAAGAAAUGAAAAGUUAUAUUGUUCAAGAAACUACAUGAUUGUUCCAGUUUGGGGAAAAUGUAUAUCAUUAAAGAUAUGUUUUCAAUGUUAAUAGUAAUCAAAAAGCAAAGGCUAAUGAUGAGGAUGAUGAUGUGGUUGUGACAUGAAUGACACUGAUAAUUAUAUUAAUAAUUAUGAUUUGUUUGUGACACAAUGCUAACUUUAUAAGGGUUGUUGUCAAUACUUUGGACAUCGGCAUCUUGCUAGUAUACAUUGGUUGUAAAUUUAGAAAGGCACCACAGAUUAAGUUGUAUGAUCUGGUGCUACUUUAAAAAAGUGCAGGACACUGAUUUAGAUGUUCUGAAUGAUUGAAUGCAUUAUACAUCUCCCCCAAGAUCAAAUGCACUCAUUAAGGUCAAUAAAAGAAGAAAAUGUCAUUGGAAGUGACUCAAAUUACUAACAGAUUAUGCAGCAUAACUUGAUAAAAUAAAAACUAUUCAGUUGUAUCAGAUUAUAAAAGAUUACGUGAAUGGAUAAGAAAUGUUAAUACAUUACUAAUGCAUAAUACCACAGUAAUACAUUAAUGGCUUCGGCAAGAAGUGACUUACUGUUACAAAACAUUGCUCCCUAUCUCAGAAAUUGUUUGCCAUUUAUAUUUAGAUAGAUAAUGAAAAUUUAAAUUAAAUUAAUAUAGAUUCAUUACUUCUAGUGCAAGUUUAGAGACAACAGAAAUGAUUAUAUAAUGUUUAUGACUUUCUUAAGGACAUAAGUACUAUAAAAAAACUAAACUAAUUUCAAGACAACCAACAACUACUGAAAUCAGUUUACAAAUUCAACUUAUUUAAAGCACUUGCCAUUUCUCAUUGGCACCUCACCACUACUUUGCAGUCCCCAUCACAAUUUAAAUGAACCAUAAAAUACCAGGCUGGUUCUGUUGGUAACUUCAAACAAGUAUUGUACUCCUUUCUGACAUAAGACAAAAUUUGAGAUAAGUGUUGAUAAAAGCAAAAAUGAAUAGUGAUAAUAAUAAUUAUGAUGUUGCUGAAAAAUGGGAAAUGAGAAAUAAGAAAAACUAACUUUUAAAAAUUUAUUUUAAAUUGCUAAUUCAGGGACAAUGUAUUACAACCUGCAAAAAAUAUGUAAAAUAUAAAAUAUUUCACGAGUAGCAAAUUUGUUGAAAAUUUCCAUUUUUGUUUUUAAUAUGUUAUCAAAAUGGAGAAAAGUGCCAACUCCAACCAAAUGUUCAUUUGGUGUAACAUAUGCAACAUGGUUAAAAAAAAUGUUAAAAAUGUAAUUGAAGAAAGAAGACAAAAACAAAACAUAGCCUUGCUGCAAAGAUAUUCUUAUUAAAUAUUUUUCAAUUUCUCUCCGGAAUCUUGAUUUUUGUCAUUGCAUGUUUUUUUGUUAAUCUUGUGUUUUUUUCUCUGUUCACUUUUGCUCAUUUCUUGUUUGCUGUUAACUCUUCUUUUAAAAUUGGAUCUUUUAUGUCACAAGUCAUUCACAUUCCUGUGUCAUUAAAAUACUAACAGUUUAUUUCACCUUUUCAUUUUCACCCAAAUAGUUUGUUUAUGAGCUUUUAAAAAAUGUCUUCCAAUUCAAAAUAAAGAGAAAGUAUAAAAAAAAGUUCUUACAAAAAACAAUGUA